AUGGCGCCGUCCCCUUCCACCCCGACGGCACCCAAAACAAUCGCCGACUUCUUCGCGCGCCCCGCCAAGCGCCUCCGGGCGGGCAGCGCUGCCCCGGCCGCCUCCCUCUCCUCCUCCCCUUCCUCGCUCUCGCCGGAGCAGCGCCGCCGCGCCGACACCAACCUGGCGCUCGCCCGCGCGCGACGCAACCUCCGCCUCGCCGAGUCCAAAGCGCAAGCGUCGGGGGGCGCGCCGAAGCUGGAGGAGCUCCUCGUGGAGGAGACGUGGGCGGAGGCGCUCCACGGGGAGCUGCGCAAGCCAUACGCGCUCGAGCUCUGCCGCUUCGUCGCCCACGAGCGGCUCCACGGCCCGCUGUCCGUGUACCCGCCGCCGCACCUCGUGUUCCACGCGCUCAACGCCACCCCGUUCGACCGUGUCAAGGCAGUCAUCAUCGGUCAGAUAUCAGCACGCUAA